AUAUCUUCGUUUGGACCAGCAUGGACGCUACGACAGAAUCGACGCCUGCGCCGCGCGCGUGCUACGGCUGCGGCGAGGUCGGCCACCAGCGCCGCGACUGCCCUACGGGCGGCGGCUCGGCCCCGCGCGGCAACGCUACGUGCUAUGGGUGCAACAAGCCCGGCCAUCUGAAGCGCGACUGCCCGACGAGCGCGCACUCGGUGCGUGCGUGCCACAACUGCGGCGGCACCGACCAUUUGCGCCGCGACUGCCCCGAAGCCGAGCGCCCGCGCGCGUGCUUCAACUGCGGCGAGACGGGUCACGUGCGCAACGAUUGCCCGAAGGAGCUCCAAGACACGCGCAAGUGCCACAACUGCGGCGGUUCCGGCCACUUGCGUCGCGACUGCCCCGAAGGCAACGACGCGACGACCGACAAGUGCUACCACUGCAACGAGUCGGGCCACUGGGCGCGUGACUGCCCCACGAAGCAGGCGUAAACCGGCGACCGACGCAGCAUGGGCGGAAGGCGUGCGCUUAUUUAUUUGCUUUGACUCGCUGGACGGGAAAAGUGAGUGAGUGAAAGGGCUUCCUCGUGCGUCGUGCCACUGAGCAUGAGGCAUGCAAUGGCCUUUCGUAACCAACGAUGAAAUACAACAAGAGUGUGUUCGUCCUAA